GGGCCUGGACCCCAGGGCCGGGGCGCCGGGGCUCUCUCCUGCGGGUGGCGACGCGGCCCGGAGACCCGCAGCCGGGCGCGAACGCCGGGGGCCCCGGCCUGCAGGGGCGGCGGGGGCGGGGGCGGGCCGGGCGCCGGGCCGAGCGCGGGGGGCGGGGACCCCGCGCCGCGCCCGCCCCUCCCCCGCCGCCUCGGAACAAACUUUUCUUUCUCUUCAAGUUGAGGCGGGCGCUGCCGGCGGCGGCUGCGCGGCAAGCGGAGCGGCCUGCGCGGGGGAGCGCGGAGCCCCGAAGGCGGGCGCGGGCCGACCCGCCGAUCCCCGGCCGCAGCCCCGAGCGCCCCGGGGCGGAUGGAGCGGGGCGGCCGGCGCGCGCGGCGCUGAGCCGGGUCAUGGCCGCGGCAUGCGGGGCGCCGGGCCCGGGGUGCGCGACGGGCGGCCCGGCCCCCGCCUGGUACCACCGCGACCUGAGCCGCGCCGCGGCCGAGGAGCUGCUGGCCCGGGCCGGCCGCGAUGGCAGCUUCCUGGUGCGAGACAGCGAGAGCGUGGCGGGAGCCUUCGCGCUCUGCGUGCUGUUUCAGAAGCAUGUGCACACCUACCGCAUUCUUCCCGAUGGAGAGGACUUCCUGGCUGUGCAGACCUCGCAGGGUGUGCCUGUGCGCCGCUUCCAGACCCUGGGUGAGCUCAUCGGCCUCUAUGCCCAGCCGAACCAGGGUCUGGUGUGCGCGCUGCUGCUGCCUGUGGAGAGGGAGAGGGAGCUGGACCCCCCGGAUGACCGAGACGCCUCAGAUGGGGAGGACGAGAAGCCCCCGCUGCCCCCACGCUCUGGCUCCACCAGCAUUUCUGCCCCCACGGGGUUCAACAGCCCCCCAGCAGCCCCUGAGGCCCCCACAACUCUCGCUGCUGAGAGCGCCCCCAAUGGGCUGAGUACUGUCUCUCAUGAGUACCUGAAGGGUAGCUACGGGCUGGACCUGGAGGCUGUGCGGGCUGGAGCAAGCAGCCUGCCCCACCUCACCCGCACCCUGGCUACCUCCUGCCGGAAGCUGCACAGCGAGGUUGACAAGGUCCUGUCUGGCCUGGAGAUCCUGUCCAAGGUGUUUGACCAGCAGAGCUCCCCCAUGGUCACCCGCCUCUUGCAGCAGCAGAGCCCAGCACCAACCGGAGAGCGGGAACUGGAGAGCCUGGUGCUGAAGCUGUCGGUGCUCAAGGACUUCCUGUCGGGCAUCCAGAAGAAGGCUCUGAAGGCCCUGCAGGACAUGAGCUCCACAGCGCCCCCAGCGCCGCUGCAGCCAGCCACUCGCAAGGCCAAGACCAUCCCUGUGCAGGCCUUCGAGGUCAAACUGGAUGUGACUCUGGGUGACCUGACCAAGAUUGGGAAAUCGCAGAAGUUCACCCUGAGCGUGGACGUGGAGGGGGGGCGGCUGGUGUUGCUCCGGAGACAGCGGGACUCACAGGAGGACUGGACGACCUUCACACAUGACCGCAUCCGCCAGCUCAUCAAGUCCCAGCGUGUCCAGAACAAGUUGGGUGUCGUGUUUGAGAAGGAAAAGGACCGGACGCAGCGCAAGGACUUCAUCUUCGUCAGUGCCCGGAAGCGGGAAGCCUUCUGCCAGCUGCUGCAGCUCAUGAAGAACAAACACUCCAAGCAAGACGAGCCAGACAUGAUCUCUGUGUUCAUUGGAAGCUGGAACAUGGGAAGUGUGCCACCUCCGAAAAAUGUGACGUCUUGGUUCACUUCCAAGGGCCUGGGGAAGACCCUGGAUGAGGUCACUGUGACCAUACCCCAUGACAUCUAUGUCUUCGGGACCCAGGAGAACUCUGUGGGCGACCGAGAGUGGCUGGACCUGCUGCGCGGGGGCCUGAAGGAGCUCACAGACCUGGACUACCGCCCGAUUGCCAUGCAGUCACUGUGGAACAUCAAAGUAGCCGUGCUGGUGAAGCCAGAGCAUGAGAACCGCAUCAGCCAUGUCAGCACCUCCAGCGUGAAGACCGGCAUCGCCAACACUCUGGGAAACAAGGGGGCCGUAGGGGUCUCUUUCAUGUUCAACGGCACAUCAUUCGGCUUUGUGAAUUGCCACCUUACCUCGGGAAAUGAGAAGACGGCCCGGCGGAACCAGAACUACCUGGACAUCCUACGGCUGCUCUCGCUGGGCGACCGGCAGCUCAGUGCCUUCGACAUCUCUCUGCGUUUCACUCACCUCUUCUGGUUUGGGGACCUCAACUACCGCCUGGACAUGGAUAUCCAGGAGAUCCUGAACUACAUCAGCAGGAAGGAGUUUGAGCCCCUGCUCAGGGUGGACCAGCUCAACUUGGAGCGGGAGAAGCACAAGGUCUUCCUUCGCUUCAGUGAGGAGGAAAUCUCCUUCCCACCCACCUACCGCUAUGAGCGGGGCUCCCGGGACACCUAUGCGUGGCACAAGCAGAAGCCAACUGGGGUCCGAACCAAUGUGCCUUCGUGGUGUGACAGGAUUCUUUGGAAAUCCUACCCCGAGACCCACAUCAUCUGCAAUUCCUACGGCUGCACUGAUGACAUCGUCACCAGUGACCACUCGCCUGUGUUUGGGGCAUUUGAGGUUGGCGUUACCUCCCAGUUCAUUUCCAAGAAAGGGCUCUCAAAGACUUCAGACCAGGCCUACAUUGAGUUUGAGAGCAUAGAGGCCAUUGUGAAGACAGCCAGCCGCACCAAGUUCUUCAUUGAGUUCUACUCCACCUGCCUGGAGGAGUAUAAGAAGAGCUUCGAGAAUGAUGCCCAGAGUAGUGACAACAUCAACUUCCUCAAGGUGCAGUGGUCCUCACGCCAGCUGCCCACGCUCAAGCCUAUCCUGGCCGACAUCGAGUACCUGCAGGACCAGCACCUCCUGCUCACAGUCAAGUCCAUGGACGGCUACGAGUCCUAUGGGGAGUGUGUGGUGGCACUCAAAUCCAUGAUUGGCAGCACAGCACAGCAGUUCCUGACGUUCCUGUCCCACCGCGGCGAGGAGACGGGCAACAUCCGCGGGUCCAUGAAGGUGCGGGUGCCCACAGAGCGCCUGGGCACCCGUGAGCGGCUCUACGAGUGGAUCAGCAUCGACAAGGAUGAGGCCGGAACAAAGAGCAAAGCCCCCUCCACGUCCAGAGGCAGCCAGGAGCCUAGGUCGGGGAGCCGCAAGUCAGCCCCCACAGAGGCCUCCUGCCCAGUGUCCAAGGUAUUUGAAGAAUCAGAGAAACCACCACCAACUGGGAGGCCCCCCGCCCCGCCUCGAGCGGCUCCCCGGGAGGAGCCCUUAACCCCUAGGUCGAAGCCAGAGGGGGCUCCAGAGCCAGAAGGAGUGGUGGCACCCCCACCCAAGAACUGCUUCAACAACCCUGCCUACUAUGUCCUGGAAGGGGUCCCACACCAGCUGCUACCCCCAGAGCCACCCUCGCCUGCCAGAGCCCCCAUCCCACCUGUCACCAAGAACAAGGUGGCCAUCACAGUGCCCGCUCCACAGCUGGGGCUCCACCGGACCCCUCGUGUGGGAGAGGGGAGUUCAUCAGAUGAGGAGUCUGGGGGCACCCUGCCCCCUCCAGAUUUCCCACCCCCGCCACUGCCAGAUUCUGCCAUCUUCCUGCCCCCAAGCCUGGACCCUCUGCCGGGGCUAGUUGUUCGGGGCCGUAGCGGGGGUGAGGCCCGAGGCGCACCACCCCCAAAGGCCCACCCAAGACCCCCACUACCCCCAGGCCCCUCGCCCACCAGCGCUUUCUUGGGGGAAGUCACUGGUGGGGAUGACCGCUCCUGCUCAGUGCUGCAGAUGGCCAAGACCCUCAGUGAGGUGGACUACGCACCCCCUGCCGGGCGCUCUGUGCUCCUGCCAGGCCCCCUGGAGCUGCAGCCGCUCCGGGCAUUGCCCGCCGAUUACAGCAGGCCUCUCAGCUUCCCUCCACCUCGUAUCCGGGAGAGCAUCCAGGAGGAUCUGGCAGAGGAGGCUCUGUGCCCACAGGCCGGUCGGGUGAGUGGUCUGGGCGAGGCAGGCAUGGGUGCGUGGCUGCGGGCCAUUGGCUUGGAGCGCUACGAGGAGGGCCUGGUGCACAACGGCUGGGAUGACCUGGAGUUUCUCAGCGACAUCACCGAGGAGGACCUCGAGGAGGCCGGGGUACAGGACCCUGCCCAUAAGCGUCUCCUUCUGGAUACCCUGCAGCUCAGCAAGUGAGCAUGGAGGCAGCACCAGAAGCUACCAGCCCACAGCCCCUACCCAUCCCCGCCCCCUCCUCCCCUUGAGGGGAGAGGCAGCGUUUCCGCAUAUUUAUUGGGGUCUGUGCCCCACACUGUCCAGUCAUCUGGGAUGCCCUAGUCAGGACAUCCUGCCCCAAAUCUUAAGCCCCCGGGAUCUCCCCAGAUCACCUGUGGCAAUUUCCCAAGGACCCUGGUUAUUCUGAUCCGUUGCCCCAACCCCUGGGGUACACAGGGUCCACUUGAGUACUGCGGGGGCCCCGCCCCCCACUGCUGUUUCUCAGCCCCCAACCCGGCUUGAACCACAGGGGAGGAGCUUUGCCAGGGCCUCUCCCCAAACCCCACUGUGGGGUGUCCAUCCGGAAAUGAAGGAAGAACCCCGGGUCUGGGGGUCUAUUUAAAGCUUCUCUGUGUGGGCCUUACCUGAGGUUGGUCUUGAGUCCAGGGCCGUGGGGGGGGGGAGUGAGAGGCACCAGGUCCGCACUGGUCAAGGGGGUGGGCUGGGGGCAGCUGGUUCCCACCCUAUACUCCGUUGCCAGUGUGAUGUCUUCAAUAAAUUAAGUUUUAUUUG